AUGACCACCACCUUCGCUGAGGUAGACAAGGGCAUCAGCGACGCCAGGGCCAAGCUGUACGACUCGCAGAAACGCUUUGUUGAUCAGCUGCAGGCCGCCCAGGCGACGCUCGACUCGGCACACGUGGCCCAGCGGCAACGCCGAGAGAAGCUGACCGAGGCCAAGAACGAUGCAGCUGCGCAGAGGGCCAAGCUCCAGGCCACCAUCGAUGCCGCGACGGCGGGUUACAACGCCGCAGAAAACAAGUUGGAGGAGCCAACGACACAGCUGCCGCCUCCGUCAAUAGAGCACACGACGGGUGAUAUCGGCCGAGGCAGAGUCAGGCGCGACACUGAACGAGACCAAAAAGGCUGCGCAGGAUGCCAAGGACUGGAUCUUUACAAGGUUACCCUGAGCGAGAUGGACCCGCGGAAGAUGGACCGGUCCAAAUUUGACUAUUCAACAAUUCCCUGGGGAAAGCUUGUCCCCGAAACAGUGGACUAG